AAAGUCAAGCCUCCCUCCAAAGCUCUUUAAAAGCGUGAUCCGAAAGCCCACUGAUUUUACUUCUCUCUCUCUCUUUCUCUAGUAGCAACAAAACCCAGACGCUUCUCUCUCAGUUGUUUUUCUUUCUUUUUUCUUUUUUUUUCUCCUCUUUGAUAGAGGAAUCCAUCUCAGAUGGGGAGAGCUCCUUGCUGCGACAAGGCCAACGUGAAAAGGGGGCCUUGGUCCCCUGAAGAAGACACGGCCCUCAAGAACUACGUGGAGAGAUAUGGAACUGGUGGAAAUUGGAUUGCUUUGCCUCACAAAGCAGGCCUUAAGCGCUGUGGCAAAAGCUGCCGUUUGAGAUGGCUUAAUUAUCUCAGGCCAGACAUCAAGCAUGGAGGUUUUACCGAAGAAGAAGACAAUAUCAUAUGCUCUCUCUACAAGAACAUGGGAAGCAGAUGGUCUGUUAUAGCUUCUCAUUUGCCUGGAAGAACAGACAAUGAUGUGAAGAACUACUGGAACACCAAGCUGAAGAAAAAGCUACUGGCAGCAAAAUCCAACCUCAUAUCCAAUGCUAAUAUCACUCCUAACAAUCAAACUUAUCUCAGCCCUUCACCUUCUAAUGCUCCUGUGAUCAAGACCGAAAGCUACAGCUAUGGAUUUCCGGCCCCAGUUGAAGAAAAUCCCAACCAAAUCUCAUCAAUGGAUGCUGGUUUUGAAUAUAAUGUAGAUCCCAACAGAUUGUUUACAGGCCCAUAUCCAUUUCCUCAAAUGGGUGUUAAGGAACCGUCUGAAUUCAGCACAAGAACAUACAAUUAUAGUGCAUCUUCAUCAUCCCAAGAAGUAACUGGUGCAUCUUCUUCUCUUCCUGUGGACAACAGCUACAUUUCAUGGUCCAGCAAUGGAGUUAGUGAAGUUGAUGGAUUUUUCAUGGAUCUCAUCCAUGGCCCACCUUAUAAUCAUUUAAAUGGCUAUGAUUUACAGGAGAAGAUGGGGGAAGUUGCUCCAAAUCUGGCUCCAAAUAUGGCUACCUUUCCCUAUACUAACAGCCUGUUGGGAACUACUGAGACCAAAACACAAGGGCUGUACCAAGGUGUUACUUACUAAAGAGUACUUCCUAAAAAAGAAGAAGAAGAAGAAGAAGAAGAAGGUAGUUUUAUUCAGAUGUUUUUAGUAGGUUUUGGAUGGUGUUGAUAGAUUGAAAUGUUUUCAUGUACAUGAAUUUGAAAGGUUUAAUGACUAGAUCUUAGACAAGUUUGUUUUGA